CAGGGGAGGGGUCAGUUGGGUGGAAACGAAAGGUGAAUGGGGGAAGUUGGACGAGGAGUUGGAGACCGGUGGCAGACAUCGGAGGUCUAUGAUGAUCGACUGGGGCAAUGGUGCACAUCAGUGUCUUGCUGUGGGGUUUGUUAAAGAUCACAUGACCGGACAGGACGCCUGUGGUAACCGUUGUGAAUAGAGCAUUUUUGGAAAUAGCACCAGUGGAGCGGCUUGUUAUAAGAAACGGUCAAGAGGCUUGCGAGAUGCGUAUGUGCUGGCUAUCUACCUAUUGACUCUUACCCGUUCAUCAGCCCACUCCAGUGAGUCAGGAGCGAACUCAUCGAUGCACCAGAAAUAACAACACUGAGCUUGCUGCAUCGUUCGGCACGACGAUGUGUAAUGAGCGAUUUGUUUUAUCCAGUGGCAUACGCAGCCGUCUCUUGUCGGGACGUUUCCUAAGGUCGUGGUUGUCUGGUGGCUUGUUUUUGUUGACGAUUCUCGGACAGCGGGACUCCGACGGAUUUGGAGAGAGUUUCUGUUAUACGGAUCUCGAAGUGGGACUGCCUCUAAAGAUGGGAGUAACUGGCUCUGGAGAAACCCCAGGAGAGGUUUCCUUGGGGUCUGACGCUAGCCCCUCGGCGUAUUUCAACGAGCGCCAACAAGAACUUGCCAGCUUAGGAGUGGCUCAUUCGGGACACUUCGUGUCGGCGGAUACGAUUCACGGAUUAGACUUAAACUCAGUUUUUUAAAAAGAUGACUCGACAAGCUGAUGCCCCUUUGUGUGCGCAAAGGGUUCCAGCUGUAAAGGAGUCCAAUAUCGGUUGACAGCUUAAGUUUUCCACGCACUUGCAGAGGUGCAAGCUAAUUGCAGAGUCCAGUCCCCGUCCCUUUGGGAGUCGACUCGACAUGGCGACUGCUCAGCUUUCCUCCAAAUGCUGUGUCCACGUAUCUCGCCUCAACCAGUGAAUACGAGAUUUUCCUUCGCCCGAAGCAAUUGCUGAGCCACCAGUUAUUUCAAAGGAGCCAGGGAAUAACCCUGUAUCUUCACUCUGCCCCUGAGUCACGCGCGUUUCGGUGUGUGGAGAUAUCCGUAGGAGGCUAGUGCCCCACCCAUUUUUCUGUCUUGCAUCUGGCAGUCAGCCUCGACUGAGUAAAUGAAUUACACUCUCAGUUGUGCGUACGCAAACGUGAGAGACAACCCAAGCAGUAGAAUAUUUGUUCCCCAACCAGCAUGAAAACCGGUUCUGCGGAUAAGGAACACACUCGGCGUAUCUUCCAGGAUGUCUUCUGUUUCUCGGUGAAUGACGCUGUGACUUCAGCACCCGCAAGACACGAUUGCUGUCACUUGAAUGUUUUUUCCCGCAUGAAUAUCCAGUUGUAUGUAAGUUUACAAAUCCACUUUAGAAUGCUUUUUAUGAGCGUUAUCGAGACCUUUUGAAAGCAAUGAGCGUCACGAGGCUGUCUGCCGUCCCAGAAAUGAAAAUCUAGCAACGUCAGAAAACCGGCGCAUUUGCUGUUGAUGAGGUCAAUAGCUUUCAUUUAACGAGUGACAUCAUCCCUAAUGCUCGGACCUUUCUUGUAACAGCGACAUGAUGGAGGUGCAGCAGUGAACACCCAAGGACAGUUAACCAUCAGCUUCUGGUGCCACGCGUGUAAUUUGCAGCGUCCGCGAGUGAGCUCAAAGCCCAGUCCCAGAAUCGUUCUUCGCAAAUUUGUGAACGAAGCGGAAGGGAAAAUGAGCACAUCCCGAAUAUAAUAUUAGUGGAGGUUCCAGCAUCAGCAUCGUCCGCGGCGCGUGACCGUUAAGUAUCGCUUUUAGUACAGGUAGUAACCGGUGGCUGCUUAUGGUGACCGGCUCAUUUCCGUAAAAUUGCAUGUAUCUUCGAGGUUGAUGGCCUCUCCUCUCUUUGUACUCGUAUCUGAAUCGUGAAUGCUACACUGGAAUGGAUCGUGUUCUCCAUUGUGGCAACCGUUGCCUGUCCAUAUUUCAUCUACGUGAGCUUCCCAGAGUGAACAGUGGUUGGCAGCCAGUUUUUCCUUUAGAGUCAGCAAGAUUCGCUUCGCGCGUAAAGAAAGCAAAUGAUCUCGCCCACGUUGUUCUCUUUGCUUGCUUUUUUCUUUUGUUCGAUGCAUGUGAUUUUCGCAAGCGAUCUGCCCCUUGGCUGUCAAGGAGACUGUGCUAAGAGCCGGCGUUUGCCUUAUGGUUUCACAACUGAUGAGUUGUCGAGUUUGAUCUUUCGUCCCUGUCUUCCUGGAGUUGCUGGCAUAAGGUAGACGAACACAAGGAGCAGGACGCACGGGUGAAAACAAAUAGCAACUUCCCUCCUGUUACACUGUGUCUGUCAUCCACAGCCGGUAAGUGUACUUUACGGCUCGACUUUCGUAUCUGCGGCGUUCGCGAUUGCCGACAACCGGAGGAGUGAUAGUGGCGGCACUCGAGAGACACGUGAAGCCACCAGCAUGUGACAGGUUUUAGUCAACAAGCCUUUUUACAAGCAACAAAUACCCAGAAAGUUUGCCAAGUAGAGCUCAUGGGCGAUCAAGGGGUAAGGUGCAGCCGGCUUACGUAAGGGAAAUGAGAACUAUCGGCCAUUCAUAGUCUCAAAAUAACUGUCUCUGAUGUUGCUCUGGUUGUAUCGACAGCAGGUCGCUUUCGUCCCGUGUGCAUGCGCAACAACGUCUCCUGUCCAUAUCGGAGUUGGCUGGCUGUUCUUGAUUCGUUGUUGAGUUUAUUAGGAUGUUCUGCAUAAAAUGUGUUUCACCUUCGAACAUGUGUCGGAUCCGGACGUCAACACUGAUUUGGGGCACUGCUAGUAACUUCAGGGUUUGAACGCACAGAAGUUUCCUGGUUGUAUAACUCCCCGCAUGGGCACUUGACUUCCACAUUUCCUCGAACCGGGGCCACUAUUUUGACAAAGAAAUUGCCUUAUUUGUGCUCAACAUUCAUGACAACAGCCGGUAAGGCCGCGCUGUGGCGCCUGCGCUUCUGUCAGUUACUUUGCUGAGUCACAAGCAAAAGAGGGCCUCAUGCAUGGGUACCUAUUCGCAUCAUAACUUCUAUAGAUGACACUCUUUUAUGUCAGUGAGGUCAACGCUUCAACAGGGUGUGCCUCGCGGAAUCGCUCGGCAUUCCUCGUCGUAGAUGGCGCCUAACCGAAACAGACCAGAAAUCCCCCUACUGGAGUCGGAAGAGUUGCCGUAUGCACUGCUCCUCAGCGACAUGCCUCCAGGGACUGAAGGAGUUGAUGAUCUUGUCGUUCAGUCGGCUAUUUUUGUCUCGAAGUGUAGAGGAGGCACAGACAUCGAUGUUGCCAGAGAGGCUGUCAUGGUUUACGCGGAUGCGGUUCCUCCUCCCACACUAUCCUUCGCGCAGCCUUUCGUGUGCCCGACUCGCGAACAGCGCCGUGAAAUGGCCAAAAGGUUUUUCCCUAAUUGGGAUGGUGUCGAAAAGCGAGCUGAAUACGCCGACGAACUCGGAUUCAAUCAAGACGCUGUUGACAGAAUGUUUACACCCGCAAUCUUUUUAGGCAAGCCAACAGAAUUUGGUGAUACGUCACCACAUGAAGGGGAGUGUUUGUUCGCAGCGCUCUCGUUCUGGCUUACAGGAGAUCCGCUCAAUCAUUCACUUGUGCGGGAUCGGCUGGCUAGUCACAUUCGUGCUCACCCUGACUCCGUUCCCCGCUCUGCGAUGCGUCACGAGUUGAGCGGUGCCAAGGUAGCGCAUGAUCCAGAUGAGCCUCUCGACUCUCUAGCAAACAAGUACAGUGAUCUUGUUGCAAGGGCGGGCCAGUGGGGUGGGGAUGAACUGCUGGGGGUUUUCGGGCAUCUUGCGCAAUGUAACGUCUGGAUGUAUGUGCAAGCGGUGGAUGGAUCACCAGGAUUAAACACUCAUUUGCAGUCGUGGCAACUGUGCGGAGAGCUGAAACCUGACGCCCCAUCGAUUUUUGUCGUCCACAGGCCCGCUAUAAAUCACUGGAGCUCCGUAGUGAGAGUCCGUUCAUAUUAACGACGCGCGCUACUCAAGGGUAGUUUUUGCUUGGCUGCCACAGACUCUGGCGCUGUGUCGGUGAAAGUCAUCGGAUUGUAUCAUUAAUGUUGCCCCAUUACUCCCUUCCAUUGAACAAAACUCAUUGUCUUCCCGCGCGGUGCAGGAGCAUGUAAAAGGCAACCACUGUUCCUUGUGGUUUUCUCGCGUGUUAUGGACCCAGACGUCUACUUUGUUUUCUUUUCUGCCCCUGUAAGACCCCCCAAAAUGUGCAGAAAACCGAUAAAUGCGUCUCAGAUAGAAAACAGUAGAACCGCCUGGCCUUCGUCUGGCAAGUAUAUUGAAAGUAUGCUGCAGAUUUGAAGAAGGCAGCAGAAAUCAAGCAACAGUAAGUAUCCAGGGUGUCAUAUCCUGGCUAAAGAAGAAAACGAAGAUGUAGACACGGACUACUGUGAUGAACUGGAUAGUGCUUUCUUCUUCUGUCCCGUGUUGAGUCGCUGCCUCUUAUGCAUUAUGCCAGAACCUCUUCCUUCUUCCCCUCUGUUCGUUGCGUCGCUGUUGUUCUGUCUUGUCUUGUUUAGUAUGUAUGCGAUUUUCAUAAAAAAAAUUUGAUAUAGUAGCUUUAAGAGCAAAUUUACAAAAAUCUGUAUUUGGACAACCUACAGCAAUAUAAAAAAUUUUAGUUUCAUUAAAAGCCGUUAUUUUCGCUGUAGUGCCUGGGAUCGAGAGAGCUUUGAUAUGUGCGGUUUGUAUUGGUCACAUUAGAACUCGGGAGUGCUGAUGAGAAAUCGUGUACAUCGAGGACAUCUUACCUCUGCAGCGCCAGUUCCCUUUUAUUCAAAACACGACUUUUACG